UUUCGGUAGAAUUCGAAUUCUAAACCGCUUGGAACACGGCAGCGCUUGAAAGCCGCAGUUGAGGAAGGCUUGUAUCAUGGCUCUGCCUUGCCUGCUGGCGCUCUUCAUUCUUACUGUGGUGGCGACCAACAGCGAAGCCACAUCAGUAGUAGGCAACGGCCAACAUGGGAGGGUGAAAAGGAGCAAAUUCGUCGGACUGGAAGAAUUCCGCUGGCCGAACGGUAAGGUGAUAUGGAGAUACGAUCCUAAGUACAACCACCAAGACAAAAGGGAUCAACUUGAGCGGGCCAUGUCUGUUAUUGAGAAGUACACUUGUGUCAACUUCGAGGAGCUCAAGACAAACAGCCCACGACUACCUUACUACCUGCGAGUCAUAAACGGGCGCGGCUGUUACUCGUCGCUUGGGUACAUGAAGAAAUACGAUGAAAAGAAAUUAGGCCGACAAGACCUCUCAUUGUCUCUUGGUUGUUACAAGGGCCACGACAUCCGCACCCUCCUUCACGAGCUCGGGCACGCCCUAGGCCUGUACCACGAACAGAGCCGACCCGACCGAGACGACAACGUCAACGUGAUUAACGGUAACGUACUCCCCAACGAGCUACCCCAGUACAUGAAGUAUCCCUGGGCGGUCACGGGAAGGACGAAGCUGCCGUACAAUUAUGCCAGCGCCAUGCACUAUGGAUCCCGCUUCUUCACCAGAAAGGGUCUGGCCACCAUGCUAACAAAAGAUUGGCGCGAUCAGUUCAUGAUAGGAUUCUCGGCACCCGGUCUGGGAGAGGCCGACUACCAGGCCAUCAACACAAUGUACAAGUGCGACAAGUACUGCCAAUCGGGCCCCAGGAAGUGCCUGAACGAGGGCCAGCGUGUGCACAGACCGAUGACUAGUGCGUGCGAAUGCCGGUGUCCAGAAGGACUGACUGGAAACCAGUGUGAGGCCGUCUCAGACGACACCGCAGUGUGUGGAGGAGUUUUUGAGACAGGCGAGGCAGGAGGGAUCAUAACAACACCGGGGUUUCCCAGUCCGUACAGGAACGGCCAGCGGUGCACGUGGCUCAUCAAGACGAAGAAUCCGAGCGAUCGCAUCACACUUAACAUCACCGAAUUUGACCUGACCCCAUCCGAUGGCGACUGCUACGAGAGAGGGGAGGACACUCUGGAGAUCCGGCGCUGGGGUCUGAUCAACUAUGGCAGCACCUACUGUGCCAAGAAUAGCGGCGAGGUUCCGCCCAUACAGACCUCCAUCUUAGACUCGGUGCUUAUCCGCUUCAGUGGAAACAAGGCCGACGGCGACCACAAGGGAAUCCGCAUAGAGUACACCAUCAACAAGGAGAACGACGACAAGAAGGUGCUGGAGAGUUUCAUCGAACUGCCCUUCCGGAAGCUGGUCACCACCGAGCAGAAGUCCAUCCCACUCAUCAGCCCGGCAGACUGCGCGAGAACCUGUCUCUCUGCCACUGACUGUAACUCGUUCGUGCACGGGGACCCGCACAAUUCCACCUGUCACCUCUCGUUGAAAAUGGUGGACCACACCAACGCAAGGCUUUUCGUCGACCUCGCCGCCAACUAUUUCUACAAGAAGCCUGCGGGAUACAGCUAUACACCCCUGGACUGGUUCACCAAGAAGCCAGGCAUGCAAAUUCGGGGAGCUUGCGCAAAACCCUUAAGCCAGAUCUCGCUCGAAUCCUGUGCCACGGCUUGCCUCUACAUGGGACAUUUCCGGUGCAGGUCCAUUGUUUACGGGGGCAACACGUGCAGUCUCUGCUACAAGGAUUCCACGCUGGCUCGGAUAGUGGACAACCCAAUAGUUGACACGUACGAUCGUCAUGAGAGGCUGUACACUUCUGAUUUUCCUGUAGCAGGGGGCGGCCCACAGAAACCGGUGCUAACACCGCGGCCUCGCAAGGACUGCUACUACAAGGAAGACAACGGCGUGAGCUACGUGGGGACGUCCCGGAGGACGGUCAGGGGGAUGAUGUGCCAGUCGUGGUUCUACACAAAGGGAUACGGGCCCGGGAGCAAGUAUCUGAAGGAGAAUCCCACAAAGUGGCGGAAGGACAAGUACUACUGCCGCAACCCUGGUGACGACCCGGAAAAGACCCGUCCUUGGUGCUACACCAACACUCCUUGCUACGGCACCUAUCCGUUGUCGCGCUGCAAGUACGCGGAAAACUGGAGCUACUGCAGGCUACCUGUCUGCACCGACUGAUGAUCUCACGUAAUUCUCAGAAUGAACAGCAUUUGCCGCAGUUUUAAAAAGUUAGAAAAUAUCUGUUUCUUCUUACCUAUCCCUACUUACUACUCGUGAUACAACACUGUUUAGUAACAACUUUGCAAUUGGUGACAAAGGAUGACCUCAGUAGAAUAUGCAACUGAUAGCAUACGUGUCCAUUUGAUCAUUAACAGAAACUACAUGUAAUCCGAUUCAUUCAGAGAUUACAAAAAGGUCCUUCAGUAUCACAA